UUCACAUAUCAUUUUUGUGUUUUUAUUGUUUUGACAUUUCUUAACAUUGUGUCUGAAAGCCACGUUCUUUUUAUUUUAAUUAUUACGAAAGUAAUAAUUAUAGCUAACAUUCUUUAAUUCAUAAAAAAUCCUGUAUUAAAUUUAAAAAAUGGCUAAAAAAGGUAAACCAAAAAUUAGCAAAGUGAAAAGGAAUAACCAGACAACCAACAAGAUGAAGAAGCAAGGAAAAUUAAAACUGCAGCGGCACAAAAAUAAAGUUCAGAAGCAGAAACCGCCAUCACAGAAGCCUGUAGAAUAUAGCAGUGCUAGUGAGUCAGAAUCCGGUGACGAGUGGGCAGAUAUGUUAGAUGAUGAGGAGCAAAAGUACAUACUCAGUCGGAUUGCGAAACAGCCACAACUGUUGUCUAAUGUGCCUGAAAAGGAAGAGGUAAACAGGUCAAGCAAAACGUAAAAAGAAGAUAAGGGUGGCCGUAUGCCAAAAUUCGUCCCACCCGGCAGUGACAGCGGAGCAGAGAGUGUACACUCUGAUAGUGAAAUAGAAGAUAAAUAUGAAAAGGAGUUAUCUGAAAGACCUCCGAAAAAGAUGAGACCACUGUUGCCAAUUAAAACUAAACAUGGUUUAAUGGAACAGAGUGAAGAGUAUGAAGAAUCAGAAUCUGAAGAGGAUGAAAAAGCCAGCAAAACCAGUACAGAAAAAGUGGAACCACAAGAAUCGGAUUCUGACUCUGGGUUAGAGGGCACGGCUGAGGAGAAUGAGUCAUCAGACCAUGAAGUGGUAACUGCUGUUCAACUGAUGGCAGCCAGGAGAGACAAAUUACAACAUGAUAAACUAAGGAUUGGUGCAUUGUGUUCAUCUCUACUGGAAAGUCCUGAGAAGAAAUUGAAGAAUUUCUUUCCCAUACUGUAUCUGAUGGAAGAGAGGCUUAAGGAUGGUGCCCUGAACUUGCAUUCAGUACGUAAAUUGGCUACGCUCUCCGCAUAUGAAGUGUUCAAAGAUAUCCUACCAGACUACCACAUACGGCACCAGGAUUAUUCUAAUGUUAAAUUAAAGAAAGACACGCUCGCCUUGUACAAAUAUGAAAAAGAGUUGCUGGAAUUUUAUAAAAGAUAUUUACAACGACUGGAAAAAGCUGCUACAGUGUUGCGCCGGAAGAAAGGGGACACUAGGAAAGUGGACGAGGCGUCAGUGAGCUUGGCGCUGGUGUCGCUGCGCUGCAUGUGCGGCGUGCUGGCGGCGCGGCCGUACUUCAACUACGCGACCAACAUCGCGCAGAGCGUGGUGCCGUUCCUGGGCUGCCGCGACCCGCGCGCCGUUGACCUCGUCACCCAGUGCUGCGCCACCAUCUUCGGCGAGGACAAGAAAGGCGACAUCACGCUUACGAUAGUCCGGCUGAUCAAUCAGCUGGUCCGCCGGCGCGGUGAGCGGCUGCAGCCGGCGGCGCUCCGCUGCCUGCUAGCGCUGCGGAUACGCGACGUCGACAUGGACGCCGACGCGGAGCUGCUGCACAAAAAGCGGCAGGAGCAGAAGCACAAGAAGAGAAUCGUCAACUUGUCUAAGAAGGAGAAAAAGCGAGCCAAAAAACUAAAAGAAGUGGAACGCGAGCUGCUGGAGACGGAGGCGCAGGAGAGCGAGGUGGCGCGGCGGCGGCUCAUGACGGAGGUGACCCGCGCCGCCUUCCACAUCUACUUCCGCGUCCUCAAGCACGCGCCGCACUCCACGCUCCUCGCCGCUGCGCUCGAAGGGCUUGCCAAGUUCACGCACGUGAUCAACUUGGAGUACUACUCGGACUUGGUGGCAAUCCUGGCGCGGCUGAUUGCAGACGAGCUGGUGGGUCCUCGGCAGCGGCUGCUGUGCGUGCGGACCGUGCUGGCCCUCCUCGCGGGCGCUGGCGACGCGCUCAACGUCGACCCUGCCACCUUCCACCAGUACCUCUACCAGCACAUGCUAGGCGUACAUGCUGGCUCAACUCAUGAAGAUGCGAAGAUUAUAGUGGAGGCAGUGUGGCAAGUAUGCUCGCGUGCGCGGCGCGUCUCGUCGAAUGUGUUACUAGCGAUCGCUAAGCGACUGCUCACCGCCAGCUUGCAGCUGGAGCCGCAUGCAGCACUCGCCUGCCUGCUGUUGCUGCAACGGCUUGCUCAGCAAAGCAAGCCGGUGGCGUCGCUCCUCGAGCAGGAGGGCGAGGCCGCUGGCUCGGGUCGCUUCGAUCCGUGGCUGCCGUCGGCCGAGCACUGCGGCGCGCAGGCGGCGGCCGCGCACGAGCUGGCGGCGCUGCGCGCGCACCACCAGCCCGCGCUCUGCCGCGCCGCGCGCCUGCUGCCGCACACCGCGCCGCCCGACCUCGGCAAGCUCACCCCAAUACAAGUGUUCGAGCAGUACGACGGCUCACAGAUGGCGUUCAAGCCGCCGGUGCCACCGCCAACCCGUAUCGUUUCCAAGCCGAAGGUCCACCAUCAUCACGUGUGGGCACAGCCCACAUUCAAACAGUACUGCGAGCAAGUUGAAAACAAUAUUGACAUGACUACACCUUUCAGUAAUAGAUGAUGUAAAAAAUAAAUAGAUAAAAAUUGG